AAAUUUCACCACUCUCGAACCUUCUACAUGGAAGAAGACGGUGACAAUUUUGUCGUCGAUCAACCGCCGCCGCCGCCGACCGAAAAGGAGCUCCAUAGACAAGAUGUCGGAAAGUUGCUUUAUGGAUGUGAUCAUUAUCGGCGACGCUGUAAACUCCGAGCCCCUUGUUGCAAUGAAAUUUUCACUUGCCGUCACUGCCACAACGAGGCCAAGAAUGCUUUGACCAAUCCCAAGGAACGGCACGAACUUGUGCGCCACAAUGUUAAGCAAGUUGUUUGUGCUGUAUGCGACACUGAACAACAGGUUGCUGAGAUCUGUUCAGAGUGUGGAGUCAAAUUUGGGGAGUACUAUUGUGAAAUUUGUAGAUUUUACGAUGACAAUAGAACAAAGGGGCAGUUUCACUGUGAUGACUGUGGAAUUUGCAGGGUCGGUGGUCGAGAAAACUUCUUCCACUGCAAGAAGUGUGGAUCCUGCUAUUCGGUGGAGCUGCGUGAUAAUCACUUAUGUGUGGAGAACUCAAUGAAGAACCAUUGUCCCAUCUGUUAUGAGUUUCUUUUCGACUCAGUGAAAGGCACCACAAUUAUGAAGUGUGGACAUACAAUGCAUAUGGAAUGCUACACAGAGAUGAUCCAUCAGAACCAGUAUCGCUGCCCUAUAUGCUCUAAGUCUGUUCUCAACAUGUCCGGAACUUGGCAAAGAUUAGAUAUGGAGAUUGAAGCUACAGCCAUGCCUGAAGAAUAUCGUUAUGAGGUUCCAAUUCUGUGCAAUGACUGCAAUAGUACUGGUAAAGCAUUUUUUCACAUACUUGGGCACAAAUGCAAGCAUUGUAAUUCAUACAACACCCGCAUGAUUGGUACUUGCGAAGAUCCCCAAUGACAUACAUGCUCAGCUUGAUUCAAGUGGUGUUUUUUCUCACAUUAGGCGUUCUUGUUCCUUUUUGAUUUGUUUCUUCUAGCGACCAGUGUUACUGUACAAAGGAAUCUGGGAUAGUCCUUGGAUAAAACCUCAUCAUUUUUUCUGUUGCAUAUUGAAAACUUUCAGAAAGAGUAAAAAGAAUUGGCUCCA